AUGCAGACUUUCAAUGCCCUCCUAGCUGUGCUCCUGGCCGCUCUCCAAGUGAGUGCGGGCCCUAUCACCGUGGCAAAGCGGGACGGGGUCACUUCCACGACAUCCCUCAAUCCGUGGAGCGAGCCCUCUGGUGCACAUAUAAUCACCCCUAGCGGACUGCCUAACGCGUGGCCGACCGGUGUCUCCUCGACCUCUUUCAUCCCGUCUUCCUCUGUAACAUCCCUCAACCCUUGGAGCGAGCCCUCUGGCGCACAUAUCAGCACCUCUAGCGGACUACCAAACGCAUGGCCCACCGGCCCGGACUCGAGCGCAUCUAGUUCGAGUGCGACUGCCUCUCCCACUCCUUUUUGCUGGCCUUUUCCCCCCUUCUCCAUUCUACCGUUCCCGUCGACCGCCUUCCCAUCAGGCGUAUCCAUCCACUGGCCUCCAUAUACUGUUGAGUGGAGCAGCGGUGCGUGGAGCUGGCCCACCUCGCUGCCAUCUGGUGUCGCCAGCUCUGCCGGUAGCGCGCCCUCUCUGUCUUUCCAACCCGGAGGACCGAUCAUUCCAGCCUGCCCAGUGGUGAUAUGCUACGCUAGCGGUAGCGAGGUCUUUGAGCCUACUUCUACGUGGGGCACAGCGUCUAGCGCUCCGACUACCUCGAGCUGGGUCAGCGCCACAGCUGCUCCUGCGAGCGAGACAAGUUCUUGA